GACAUUAACAAACCUCAAAAAUUUUCAAGCGUACGAAGAUAACUCGAUCAAAAAUGAAACUCACCGAUUCAAUUCUCUUUCCGGCCACUGUCGCGCUGAUCCUGAUGUCGAUGGUGGCGGAGCCCUCCACUGCCGCGGAAGCGCCUCCGCCACCUGGAGGUUGCACCGACGAACUGGUGUCGUUCUCCCCCUGUCUUCCCUACGUUUCGUCUCCGCCGAACAACGCCACCUCAUCUGCUCCUUCUCAGUGCUGCGACGCCUUCGCCUCGGCCUUCGACGGCGACGGUGUCCACUGCCUCUGUUACCUUCUCCGGCAGCCUCUGCUCCUCGGCUUCCCCCUGAACACCACCAGACUCCUCAGUCUCCCGCCCCUCUGUCUUCCGGUGAACGCGAGCAGUUCCGCUGCGAAUGGCUCUCUGGAGUCUCUCUGUUCAGGGUCGCCAGCACUGCCUCCUCUCCAGGGCACAGCAGCGGAUUCAUGGAUUCCAGAACCACCGGAAGCAGGGAUUUCGCAACCACUAAAUUCUGAUUCAGGGCUUUCAAAUCCACCAGCAUCAGGGGCUUCGCAGCCGCAAAAUUCUGAAACUGCUACUUCUGCGUCUCCUUUGACAAGCUCGACUCCAGAACCCACGAGACUGCCCAGACUGCCAAGAUCAUCAGCAAAACCUGCUAUAGCUUCAUUCGCAACAAAAAGGGUCAACGAUAGUGGUAUUAUGAUUCUACUCAGAGUCAUGAUUUCCCUUGCUACCCAUCUUUUUGUAUUUUUAGUGCAAUAUUUGCCCACACGUCUUUCAAGCAAAUAAUAAUUCACAUUUUGGUAUCCUUAUUUUGGAUAUGCAAAUUGAUUUUGAAGCUUCAAUGAAUUCAAUCAAUCAAAAUCAUCUAGAUUUUGAAUAAGCUUUUCGUGUGUUAUGGCAUGUGUAAUUAAGAGAUUUUGAAUAAGCUUUUUGAUAGUAAUCUUGCAAUGGUUUGAUAAAGCAGUAUAUGCAGGAAACGGCUUAAAAGAGAAA